CUGACUGAUAUUUCGCCAUUUUAUUAACUUAUAAGGCUAACGGACAACUUCCCCUUCUCAAUUCUCUCCCCUCUCUCGUCCCAUUUAGCUCUCUCCCCCAAGCCCCACUCCUCCCGUUUCAAACAUUUCAUUAUUGUCCCUCCCUCAAUCCCUACUCUCCUGCUUGUACUUCACUGUUCUCUUGAAAUCUAUACACUCAUCAUCACCACACUACUCUCUCUCUCUCUCUCUCUCUCUCUCUCUGCGCUUUAUUAAGCUUCUUUCCCGUUCAUCUUCUUCCUCAUCAGCGCCUUCAAAUCGAAAGAAACCUUUGCUGUAUUCUUCGGGGUCGUUGAGUUUGGGUGCAUUUUUCCUUGAAACCACGCACGGUCAUAGACGCGAGGCAAUAUGAUGCACCGUUGCUGUGGCUCCCAGGGGCACGUGAUUGGACCGUGUACAUGUGGUAUGAUUCACGGCCAAAACAACUCCUUCUCCGUGCUAUUCUCGAUGCCCAACCACAACCAUAAAUCCUAUGGUGACUGCGACAUGUAUUCUUUCACCCCCUCUCCUUCCUCUUCUGUUGACUGCACCCUCUCCCUUGGCACCCCCUCGACCCGUUUAUCCGUAGACGAAGAAAAACGCAAUCGCCAUGACCAUCGCUCUGUUUCAAACUUCUGCUGGGAUUUAUUACAAUCCAAACACACCUCUCACUCCCACACCAAGUCCGGUCGCGGCGCUAAUAGUAGUAACUCUUCCGGUGAUCCCCUCCUUGCUCGUCGUUGUGCCAACUGCGACACCACUUCCACUCCCCUCUGGAGAAACGGCCCUAGAGGCCCCAAGUCUCUAUGCAAUGCCUGUGGGAUUAGAUUCAAGAAGGAAGAGAGAAGGGCAAGUGCUGUAGCCGCCACUACGGCGGCCAACUCAGGCAGUGUCAUGGAGUCGGCGCCGAUGUACACCGGUCAGCACAACACUUCGUGGUACGCGCACUCUCAAAGCCAGAAAAUGCAGUGCAUCUCUCCGGGGAUGGGAAACGAGUUUCGCGUCUCGGACGACGCCGACCGCGGCAUUCCGUUUCUCUCUUGGAGACUCAACGUUUCGGACAGACCGAGCCUCGUUCAUGAUUUCACGAGAUGAAACGUUAGGAAAAUGAUGUUUGGAUAAUAGAAACGACAAGAGGAGUUAUCUAGCGAGCCGACGGUCAAGAUCACGCAGUUAUGCUUCACGUUUUACGAUGAGAAUGCAGAUGUUUUUGAUGGCGAUGGUUAUGGUCUCCUCUCGUCAAUAUUUUUUUUUUUUCUCUUUCUGGUUUUAAUGCCUUUUGACCUUGUCCUUUUUGUUCUCUUCCUCUUCUCCGCCUUGCCAAAGAUGGAGUAAGAAUGGGAUAAUCCGAUGUUCUAAGAUUGCUUUU